GUUUUAUAUUGUAACACAUUUCAUGUUUUCGUUCUCAUCCUCCUUGGCAGAUGUGUAGCUAGCUGUCACAGAGAGACGACAUGAGGGAGAUAGUGAAAAACAAACUGCGCCGUAAAAACGUCCAUGUGAGAUCCAGGCAAGUCUGAACUAUACUCUCAAGAAUUAAUUCGAUUAGGAUAUGACAUUUAAUCUGCCAGUGACUAACAUCACUUAGGCAUGUCAUCGUCGCGUGCAAGUGCAAGCGUGCGUGCGUGAUGUCUAUCUAUGUUACUGAUAUCUCGUUAGCUGAUUAAUACAGAUGAACUGUUAACGUUAUUGCUUUGUAUUUGCCAUUUUAUGCAAAUACACUCACCAGGUAGGUUUGCUUGUUUUUUCUACUUUGUUAGACCGUAUAUUAAACGAAACAAAAAUCGUUUGAAAUAGUCCCAACGCUGGUAAUAGCUAGCCGAUUAGCCAAGAAGCGGUCAGUUUCGUUUUCUUUUAGGAUUUCGGAGUGACAAAUUGCAGGAGUUGUUUACUUGGUAGGCUACGCUGGUAAACCUGGAACGAGCGUAAACGCAGACAUGAAAAGGAAUGUUUUCACGUAGGAGUUGUAGCAUUUAGGCAUGACACUGAGUUGCAGUGUGCUUAAUCUGGCUGUAAACGAGAACUUCUUAGCUUGAAAAAACCCCCAUUAUGAAAUCAAUAUUAAACGUGGAAUAUCGUCACUAUAUAUCAGAUAAGAUAUAGUUUAACAGUGUCUUGACUGGGUGCUCUUGUGCAGUGUCCCUUCUGGUAGACUGUAAGAAGAAGCGGUAAUGUUAGCAAGUGGCAUCAUGAAUACAUUCGGGAAAAAUGGAUUAAUUGGUCUCGGUAUCGGAGCUACAGCUGGCGCUGGUGUAGUCGGAUUUCUUAUUUACAAGGAAGUUUCCAGAAAAAGAAACGAGGAUCCAGAGGUGUCUCAGGCGAGCCCCUCUACCAUAAUAGCAUGCACAGAUGAUGUGGACAGAUUACACGCGCCUGCUCUUGACUUGCAAGAUAUGCCAUCAGAGGUGGCAGCGCUGGGCUCGGCCCUCCAGGGCCUGCAGGGUCUCUCCCGAGCAGCAGGUGGAGUUGAAGAACCGCCUGGACGAUGUGCUCAUGUGCGUGACGGGCCUCAGGAGCGAGGUGUCUGAGCUACGGAGCGGCCUGCAGGACAUCGCACAGAAGAUCAUCGAGGAUGUGAAGAAGGGUUUGGAGGAGAGCCAGCGGGCCCGACGCAGACGCCACCUUGUCCCGCGGGAGCGGACCGACUCCAUGAGCUCCAGCUCCAUCUACUUCAGUGCCAGCGCUGGCCCAGCCAGCACAUACGGAGGAACGGAGAGCGAGGCCGGGUAUUCCACUGCCUAUGCAGAAUCAGACUACACAGACCGUGAAACAGACCGCGAGACGGACAAGGAGGGCGACAGGGAGGACAAAGAGUCCGACGAAGAGGAUGACGAGGAUCGCAGCGUUGCCACCGUGCUCACCCUUCGCCAGGAGGACUCCCAGGCCGAGGAAGAGGACGAGGAAGACGCGGACCGAGAGUGGCCCACCAUGGCAACCAUGGUGACCAUGGUGACGGACGUGCCCAGCGCCGAGCUGGCACUGCUUCUGUCCCAGAGCGACCUGCUGCAUGAGGGAGACAGCGGAGCGAAGAAGGACGGCUUCAACCUGCUCCACACCAACAAGCUUCUGUAUUCUGACAGCACAGAGUUCCUGUGGCGACUGGCACGCGCCUACAAUGACAUGUAUGAGAUCACUGAGGACAAGGAGGAGAAGAAGUCUUACACUGAGCAAGGCCGCGACGAGGCUGAGGCGGCGCUGAGCAGAAAUGGCCUGAACGCCGAAUGCCAUAAAUGGUUUGCCGUCCUCACUGGCCUCAACUCACAGUAUGAGAGCAUGCACGGCAAACUCAAAAGCAGUCACAUCCUCAAGGAGCAUCUAGAUAGAGCCAUCGCACUGAGGGACGAUGACCCACUCUGUUUCUAUUUGCUGGGCCGCUGGUGCUACGAGGUGUCUAUGCUUGGUUGGCUGGAGAAGAAGGCUGCUGCAGCGCUGUACGAGUCCCCACCUUCGUCCACCGUCCACGAGGCUCUGGAGCACUUCCUCAAGGCAGAAGAGCUUAGCCCUGGCUUCUCCAAGACUGUGAGGGUUUACAUUGCCAAGUGUCACAAGGAGCUUGGGAACACUUCAGAGGCCAGCAAUUGGGCCCGACUGGCUAUCCAGAUGCCUAGUGUGACCAGUGAGGAGACUGGCAACUCUACUCUUGAGGAGGAACUGAAGGCUUUGAUUGACACACCAUCAGAUCUGUCUCCAUCGAAUGGGGAUUUCUAGACUGCCAUGUCUUCCUUCAACACCUGCACAAAUAUGGCUAUACAAAUGAAGCACUAAAGACUGCCUGCCCUAGCAGUCCCUAUUCCAUUACAUAGAUGACCAUGUGUGGUGUUGUGUCCAAUGUGGUUGAAAGUGCAAACAUUUCAGGAUCGAGUCAUGUUGAUUCUGCACUGAUAAACUGAUCCAGUAAUUUGGUCGUUUUGUCAACUGUGUAACACCUUUUGAGGUGCAUUUAGUUGUAGUCUCCAAGCACUCUUUGCUAGGGAUGAAGUAAGACAUGAGUGUAAAAUGCCGUCUUAUUAGUUUGCACCCCUCCCCCUCCCUCCCCAAGAAUUUUAUAUACGGUUUUUAUUUCAAUUAAGUCUAAAUCUGUUUUAAUAAAUUAGUUUUUAAAGUGCUUAAUUGGUACACAAGAAUAUAAAAACAAGUGAUCAUAAUCAAGUUCAUGGUGUCAUUCAGUGACAGAGUUUAACGUUGCAAGUUAAUGCAUAUCAAUCUGGACUAAGCACCCUCCAAAUGUUUAUGGUGUCAUUCAGUGUGCUUUAACGUUGCAAGUUAAUUCAUAUCAAUCUGGACUAACCACCCUCCAAACGCUAAGGCAGUAUUUAAUUCUCAAUGUGUUGGUGUUGUGAAGGCUAUUAAAUAGAAAUUAACUUUGUUUAGAAUGUCAUGCUCAUUUGACAUCCCAAACAGCAAAUUGUGUGAACGUUUUUUUUUUUGUAAUCUACCCUGAUUAAGCAGUACAUGAUUUAAUUCUUAUGAUUCUAUAUUUGUGUAUGAAAAUAGCUCUCCACUUAGUUUGGGAAUCAGUGCAUGUCUUUAUGCUUUAUGUUAUGGGACUUCAGACAUUAUACUGAGAUCAAACACCAAGUUCAGAAAUAUCUUUUUAACAGCAGAAGAGGCUUAAGUAUGUUUGUCCUUGCCUUUGGCAUAUGUAAUUUUAUUUAUUAUUUUAUUUUUUUACAAAGAUUAAAAAUUAUAUUUAAAGUCAGUACUAUGCUACAUGCCUGUUUCAAGGACUCACAUGAACAUUCCAUGCAAAGCUGUUUACUCUGUGUUAGACCACUGCACUGUCUACUUUUAGUUUAAAUAAUCACUCGUAUUUAUUAAAGGUUGACUUUAUUUGAAUCUGUAAA